UCCCGCUGCGCGCAUGAGAUUCCUGUGCAAGCCACACCGCCAGCCAGGCACCUCCAAAACGCAUUGAACUAACAUGGGGACAAUGGUAACUUCGAAUAUCUGAACAUGCCUUCUCCAGCACGGACACUCAUCGUCGGAUCUCGACGGGGCUUCUGGUUGGUAAUAUUCAUUUGCCUCUCGGACACCGCGUUGCCUCUCAGGGAAGCGAGCGCUCCCAGCUGCACCGACAACAGCCAUGGUGACCCAAAACUGCCGCGAGGGACAGCGAACAGUUUCGAAACUAAUCACACCAAAAGAUCCUUCCCAGUCCUCCACUUCAAUUACGAACAUGUGAGAAUACCUUUCGAGAUCUCCCUAUGGAUCCUGCUUGCUUCGCUGAUGAAAUUAGGAUUCCACCUGGUGCCUGGGCUGUCCAGUGUGGUUCCCGAGUCCUGCCUGCUGAUCGUGGUGGGGUUGCUCGUGGGGGGGCUCAUCAGGGUUGGGGGGGAGAAGCCACCAGUGCUGGACUCUGACCUCUUCUUCCUCUGCCUCCUCCCGCCGAUCAUCCUGGACGCGGGUUACUUCCUGCCCACCCGACCCUUCACCGAGAACAUCGGCACCAUACUCAUGUUCGCUGUUGUGGGAACGUUGUGGAACGUCUUUUUCAUGGGCGGCGUGCUGUACGCUGUAUCCCAGGCGGGGGGCCCUUACCUGGGCAGUAUGGACCUGGUCCCCUGCCUGAUCUUUAGCUCUAUAGUCUCUGCUGUGGACCCGGUGGCCGUGCUGGCCGUCUUUGAGGAGAUCCACAUAAACGAGCUGCUGCAUGUGCUGGUGUUUGGAGAGUCGCUGCUCAACGAUGCUGUCACUGUGGUGCUGUACCACCUCUUUGAGGAGUAUGUAGGUGUGGACUCGGUCAGCGUAUUGGACGUCUGCCUGGCUGUGCUCUGCUUCUUUGUGGUUUCACUGGGCGGGGUCCUUGUGGGUGCCACCUAUGGUAUCCUUGCGGCUCUGACCUCCCGCUUCACCUCAAACCUCCGCGUCAUUGAGCCGCUCUUCGUCUUUGUGUACAGCUACAUGGCGUACCUGUCCGCUGAGGUCUUCCACCUGUCUGGUAUCAUGAGCCUGAUUGCAUGCGGUGUGGUAAUGCGUCCUUAUGUGGAUGCCAACAUAUCCCACAAGUCCUACACCACCAUCAAGUACUUCCUGAAGAUGUGGAGCAGCGUGAGCGAGACGCUCAUCUUCAUCUUCCUCGGCGUGUCCACGGUUGCUGGUCCCCACUCCUGGAACUGGACAUUCGUCACGGUCUCCAUCCUCCUCUGCCUCAUUGCCCGUGUGCUGGGCGUGGUCGGCCUGACCUACAUCAUCAACAAGUUCCGCGUCAUCAACCUGACUGGAAAGGACCAAUUUAUCGUGGCCUUUGGUGGCUUACGAGGGGCGAUAGCCUUCUCCCUGGGGUACCUACUGAAGGAGGAGCACUUCCCCAUGAGGAACAUGUUUCUGACUGCCAUCAUCACCAUCAUCUUCUUCACUGUCUUUGUGCAGGGCAUGACCAUCCGGCCUCUGGUGGAACUACUGGCUGUGAAGAGAAAACAUGAGAGCAAGCACUCCAUCAAUGAGGAGGUCCACACACAGGUCCUGCAUCAUCUCCUGGCAGGCAUUGAGGGUGUGUGUGGGCACUAUGGACAUCACCAUUGGAGGGACAAGUUGCUCCGCUUCAAUAAGCGCUACGUGAAGCGCUAUCUCAUCUCGGGCGAGCGCUCCAGAGAGCCGCGGCUUGUCGCUUUCUACAACAAGAUGGAGCUGAGGCACGCCAUGGAGCUGCUGGAGAGUGGGGCUGGUGCUGGGGCCAGGAUGCCAUCUGUGCCCUCCACCGCGUCCCUGCAGAGCUUCCAGUCCAGGGUGCCAGCGAGCAGCCGGGCAGCGCCCCAGAUCUCCAAAGAGGUGGAAGCUGAGAUCCGGAACAUUCUGAGGGCAAACUUGCAGAAGACCCAGCAGAAGCUGCACUCCUACAGAAGGCACACGCUGGUGGGAGACCCCUUUGAGGACAACCUCCAGGAGAGGCUCCUUGAGAAACAGAGAGCGGAGCUGGGGAGAAGGAUGAGUGUCUUCUUGACUGAUCAACCACAAGACUCUCCCUCCAGGACCAGAUCCAGACCGCCAGCAGCCACCCAGACCAAGGCCAGGAUCCCUGCCAUCCAGGAGCACCUGCCGUUCCCUUAGUCUCCAGUCUCCCCCUGUAAAACUUCCAUUCAGUCCUCCAUACUUUUUGUAUUUAGGUCAUUUAUUAUGAGUAUUAUGUUGCUGGGGUGCUUAAAAUGUACACCUACAUUUUGUUGAAAAUGUCUGACAUUAAACG